AUGUGCCACACCUGCUCCUCCACAGGCUGCCAGUCAGCCUGCUGCCCACCCCCGUGCUGCGUCCCCACCGCCUGCUGCUCACCCUUGGGCUGUGGGAGCUCCUGCUGCCGCCCAGUGUCCUGCGUGACUCUGCUGUGCCGAUCUGUGAGCAGUGUGGCCUCCUCUUGCAGAUUGGCCUGCUGUGUGCCCGUGAGCUGCAAGCCCGCCGUAUGCGUGCCUGUGAGCUGCAAGCCUGCGUGUGUGGCCCCCUUGUGUCAGUCUUCUUGCGGCUGCCAGCCCUCCUGCCCCACCCUUGUCUGCAGACCUGUCACCUGUGGCACCACUUCUUGCUGCUGA